AUAAAUUAAAACUACUACGUAAACGUAUAGCGAGGAGCUGGGGAACAGUAGACGACCGACGAGUCAGAAAAACAAGAACAAAUAAGUGAUGGAUUCUAAUAAUCAGCAGUCAUCUCUUCAUAUCGUUUUCUUUCCUUUCAUGUCCAAAGGCCACAUGAUCCCACUCCUCCACCUUGCUCGCCUCCUCUUCCUCCGCCGUGUCUCCGUCACCUUCUUCACCACCCCGGCAAAUUCUCCAUUUAUCCGUCAACAUCUCUCCAACACAGACUCCUCGUUGGUUCACGUCGUGGAGCUCAAAUUCCCAGAAAAUGCUCCCGAAAUCCCACCGGGAGUCGAGAGCACCGAUCGACUUCCGUCUAUGAGUCUCUUCGUCCCCUUUGCUAAAGCCACCAGAUUGAUGCAGCCAGACUUUGAACAAGUUCUCCAAAGUCUUCCAAGCGUCAGCUGCAUUAUCUCUGACGGCUUCCUUUCCUGGACACAAAAGUCUGCGUCCAAGUUCGGAAUACCCAGGGCGAUAUUCUAUGGGAUGAACAACUUCGCCGCGAGCAUCUUCCAUGCCGUGAUUCAUAAUCGAUUCAUCGCAAAUGUCAAAUCAGACGACGAGCCCUUUACCUUUCCUGAUUUCCCUUGGCUCAAAUUCACUAAGAACGAUUUCACUCAUCCCUUUGACAUGGCUGAGCCCAGCGGUCCCCAUUACGAAUUUAUUGUAGAGGAAGGCAUAGCGGCUUCCCAAAGCCAGGGUAUAGUGGUCAACAGCUUCUGCGAGCUGGAGACAAGAUUUAUAGAAUACUGGGAUCGGGAGCAUGAGAACACCAAGGCUUGGUGUGUGGGACCUCUUUGCUUGGUCGAACCUCCGACGGCCCAGCCCCUCCAGAACCAGAAGCCGACAUGGAUGCAAUGGCUCGACCACAAGUCAGCAGAGGGGCGGUCUGUCUUGUAUGUUGCAUUUGGAACCCAGGCUGAGAUCUCGCAGGAGCAAUUUCAGGCGAUCGCAGAGGGGUUGGAGAGGUCUAAUGUGAGUUUCUUAUGGGUGAUCAAAUCCAGGGAAGUGAAAUUCCUGGUCGAUGGAUACAAGGAGAGGGUUAAGGACAGAGGGCUAGUCGUGAGCGAGUGGGUCAAUCAGAGGGAGAUACUGGAGCACCAAAGCGUAAAUGGGUUCAUAAGCCACUGUGGUUGGAACUCGGUUCUGGAGAGUAUCUGUGCAUCGGUGCCCAUCUUAGCUUGGCCGCUGAUGGCGGACCAAUACUUGAAUGCAAGGUUGGUGGUGGACGAGAUGGGCAUGGGUCUGAGAGUUGUUGCAAACAACGGUUCAGUUCGAGGUUUUAUAGAGUCAGAGAUGGUAGAGAAGAUGGUGAAAGAAUUAAUGGAGGGGGAAGACGGAGAGAAGGCGAGGAAGAAGAUGAUGGAGAUUUCGAAAACAGCUAAAUCGGCCAUAGAUGAAGGUGGGUCCUCCUGGCGCACUUUAGACCGGUUUCUUGAUGAAGUCUGCAAGAGAACGUCGUAA